AUGGAAGAAUCGCUUACGAUAGGCUCGCAACUGGACAAUGUCUUAAGCGAAGACACUAGAGACAAACUUUUGCUGCAGUAUCUUCUUUUGCAUCGCGGAUCAUGCGAAGGAACACAACUAGUUAAGGCUUUGGAAGCGCUAGAUCCGACAACUUUAAGCCAUAAUGACUCGAGCCAAAUGUUGAAGAGCUGGGUGACACGCAUUAAUUUGGCUCUUAAUGUAAUUGAUUUUAAAAUAGUACGACAGAUGGGUCGUUUGGGAGAGUGGAACUACGUGUAUGUCGACCUGGCGCCAGCAGAUGAUACGAAAUCCGCUACUUCUCUCAAGCCGGACGACCUAACAUUUGUACAAUGGGCAAUCCAACGCUGCUUGGAAGACGACAAGUCAGCACAGGAAGUAAAUGCCGUCAAGAGCAAUGUAGAGACCGCUGUAGACAAUGUGUUGAGCGAGAAAUUUAGCACAUCCGAAUUUGACGGUCUAAAACUUAAAGUUGAUUACACUUGCGGGUCCACUGAGCUCUGUCAGUAUGAAGAACUAAACGCACUCGAGGUGGAAGGACUUUUGGUUCAUCUAUGUCAGUUGCGGUGGUUCUAUAUGACCGAUCAAGGCCGAAUUGGUCUGGAUGUCAGAGCACUCGCAGAGCUCCAAGAGUACAUUCAAGCCAGAUUUGAGGUACCUGUAUGCGUUGUAUGCCACGAAAUUGCAUUGCAAGGUGCCAAAUGUCAGUGUGGGGAGAGUGCGUGGCAUGUUUCUUGUUUUCGACAUUUCGUGACGCAUGUGGGAAGCUCGUGUGCUCAUUGUGGGGAAAAGGUCCAACAAGCAGUUUACAUGUCAUAA